UGAGGCGCGGACUGCAAUCUUAUCUAUUGGGCAAUAGCAGUGUCGCGAACAGGAAUCCGGAAUCAAAUCGUCGGCUCGCAGAAGAGGAGACAGGUGACGGUCUACGCAGGCAGAUCCACCUCCGCUUGGCAGUCUGAACGCAAGGCACAUCGUUAGAAAACGACUGUUGUUUAUUAGUCCUUUAUUGUCGUAAUAGAUGUUAUAUAUUUAACUACAUGACUUUUCAUUUAAUUGUUUAGCUAGUCAGUUCUAACUCCGAGAUGGAUAACGCGCACACUAAAUCCGCAUCUGAAGUUUUAGAGAACUUUGGUGUGAAUGAAAACACUGGACUCACCCUUGAACAAGUGAAAUCCAAUUUAGAAAAAUAUGGACCUAACGAGCUCCCGGCUGAAGAAGGCAAGUCCCUAUGGGAGCUGGUGGUGGAGCAGUUUGAGGACCUCCUGGUCAGGAUCCUGUUGCUAGCUGCCUGCGUCUCCUUUGUGCUGGCUCUGUUUGAGGAAGGGGAGGAGACCAUCACAGCCUUCGUGGAGCCCAUCGUUAUCCUGCUCAUCCUCAUCGCUAACGCUGUGAUCGGAGUCUGGCAGGAGAGGAAUGCGGAGAACGCCAUCGAGGCUCUCAAGGAGUACGAGCCAGAGAUAGCCAAGGUGUACCGCAUGAACCGCAAGGCAGUCCAGAGGGUCAAGGCCCGGGAAAUAGUGCCUGGGGACGUUGUGGAGAUUGCCGUUGGUGACAAGGUCCCUGCUGACAUCAGGAUCACCUCCAUCAAGUCUACCACCCUUAGAGUGGACCAGUCUAUUCUCACAGGAGAGUCUGUGUCUGUGAUCAAACACACCGACCCCGUCCCUGACCCCAGAGCUGUCAAUCAAGACAAGAAGAACAUGCUGUUUUCUGGCACUAACAUCGCUGCGGGGCGAGCCAUUGGCAUCGUGGUCUCCACCGGCGUGUCCACGGAGAUCGGUAAGAUCCGGAACCAGAUGGCUGCCACGGAGCAGGAAAAGACUCCUCUGCAGCAGAAACUGGAUGAAUUUGGAGAGCAGCUCUCCAAGGUCAUCUCCCUAAUCUGCGUGGCCGUCUGGGUCAUUAACAUCGGGCAUUUUGGGGACCCAGUUCAUGGGGGGUCCUGGAUGCGUGGGGCCAUCUACUACUUUAAGAUUGCUGUGGCCCUGGCUGUGGCCGCCAUCCCUGAGGGUCUACCCGCUGUUAUCACCACCUGCCUGGCGCUGGGGACCCGACGCAUGGCCAAGAAGAACGCCAUCGUCCGCAGCCUGCCCUCUGUGGAGACCCUGGGCUGCACCUCUGUCAUCUGUUCUGACAAGACCGGCACCCUCACCACCAACCAGAUGUCUGUCUGCAGGAUGUUUGUGGUGGACAAGGUGGAGGAUUCCAGCUGUGCUGUCCAUGAGUUCUCUAUAACUGGCUCAACCUACGCCCCUGAAGGGCAAGUGUUGAAAGGGGACAAGGUGGUGCAGUGUGGAGACUAUGAUGGACUACUGGAGCUGGCCACUGUGUGUUCCAUGUGCAAUGACUCCUCACUGGACUACAAUGAGACCAAAGGAGUGUAUGAGAAGGUGGGCGAGGCGACAGAGACGGCCCUCACUACUCUGGUGGAGAAGAUGAACGUGUUCAAGACCGACAUGUCAGGCCUCAGCAAGGUGGAGCGAGCCGGAGCCUGCAACGCAGUGAUCAGGCAGCUGAUGAAGAAAGAGUUUACUCUGGAGUUCUCUCGUGACCGCAAGUCCAUGUCCGUGUACUGUACCCCCACUAGCAAACCAGGUUCUGGGAGCAAGAUGUUUAUCAAGGGUGCCCCAGAGAGUGUGAUGGAGCGUUGCCAGUACCUGCGUGUUGGCACAGGGAAGGUGGCGCUGACCCUGCCCCUGAGAGAGAAGCUGACCUCCCUGAUCAGGGACUGGGGCACGGGCAGGGACACACUGAGAUGCCUAGGCAUGGCCACACGGGAUUCACCACCAAAACAGGAAGACAUGGAUCUGGAGAACGCCACUAAGUUCGCUGAGUACGAGACGGGCCUAACGUUCGUUGGCUGCGUGGGCAUGCUGGACCCGCCCAGGAAGGAGGUGAUUGGCGCCAUCCAGCUCUGCGCCGAGGCGGGCAUCCGUGUCAUCAUGAUCACCGGGGACAACAAGGGCACGGCUGUGGCCAUCUGCCGACGCAUCGGUAUCUUCGGCGAGGAUGAGGAUGUGAUGGGCAAGGCCUACACAGGCCGGGAGUUUGACGACCUGCCCAUAGAGUCCCAGAGAGACGCUGUGAAGCGGGCACGGUGCUUUGCCCGUGUGGAGCCAGCCCACAAGUCCAAGAUCGUGGGCUACCUGCAGUCGUUUGACGAGAUCACUGCCAUGACUGGUGAUGGGGUGAACGACGCACCAGCCUUGAAGAAGGCAGAAAUUGGCAUUGCCAUGGGCUCGGGCACGGCUGUGGCAAAGUCAGCCUCUGAGAUGGUUCUGUCUGAUGAUAACUUCUCUACCAUUGUGGCGGCUGUAGAGGAGGGCAGAGCCAUCUACAACAACAUGAAACAGUUCAUACGAUACCUCAUCUCCUCAAACGUCGGCGAGGUCGUCUGCAUCUUCCUGACGGCCAUCUUGGGUCUGCCUGAGGCUCUGAUCCCGGUACAGUUGCUGUGGGUCAACCUGGUGACAGAUGGUCUCCCUGCGACUGCCCUGGGUUUCAACCCCCCAGACCUGGACAUCAUGGACAAGCCCCCCCGCAACCCCAAGGAGCCCCUCAUCUCUGGAUGGCUGUUCUUCAGAUAUCUGGCCAUCGGAGGGUAUGUUGGUCUGGGCACGGUGGGUGCUGCCACCUGGUGGUACCUGUUUGAUGAUGAAGGCCCUAAUGUGACCUUCUACCAGCUGAGACACUUUAUGCAGUGCUCGGAGGACAACCCCAUGUUCCAGGGCAUCGACUGUGAGGUGUUUGAGUCGCGCUACCCCACCACCAUGGCCCUCUCUGUGCUGGUCACCAUAGAGAUGUUCAACUCCCUCAACAGUCUGUCUGAGAACCAGUCCCUGAUCAGGAUGCCUCCCUGGGUGAACUUCUGGCUGCUGGGAGCCAUAGUCCUCUCCCUGUCCCUCCACUUCCUCAUCCUCUACGUCGAGCCCCUGCCUCUGAUCUUCCAGGUGACCCCUCUAUCCUGGUGCCAGUGGAUCGUGGUCCUGAAGAUCUCCAUCCCUGUCAUCCUAUUGGAUGAGGCCCUCAAGUACAUCUCCCGCAAUCACUUAGACGCCUAAACGUUCUCUCCUCUCGCCUUCUGUAAAAGACAACGAGGACAAGAAGUACAGGAAGAGGCAGCUGAAAUAUUAAGACACCCCCCCCCCACACACACACACACACACACACGCCUUCCCCUUUAAAGAAAUGCCCAUCUCCUCCGUUCCCUCAUUCCCCCCAGUCCUGCAUGCCCAACCUCCAUUAAAAACGAGCAGGGCAUGCAUGAAACCGAGAGUACAUCUGUGCAAGUGUGUGCACAUGUGUUUGUAUGCGAGCGUGCGAUGGUAUGCAUGUGCGUGUGUGAGAGUGAAUGAGCGAGUUAGUGUGUGUGUGUAUGAACCAACGAACGAAUGCAUGCCCAUGUUCACGUAGGACCAGGAAAGCGUGACACACUGCAAAACACAUCCAGGACUCCUAUUGCUUUUUAAAACUUUCAGCUUAUUGCUUUUGACUCUGUACAGUAACAUGCAAUAAGUGGACCGUGGGGGGAGAGAGGGAGAGGGUUAGGAGGAGAGGGGUCAAUCAGCUGGGGGAUUGUUGUGUGUCUGUGGGGAUAGAGAGGGAGCUGGUACAGCAGAGAGAGAGAGGGGCAUACCCUGGAAGAGGCUACAGAGAGUCUUGAUGGUACCAACAACAGAUAAAGAGCCUGGCAUGCUAACUGGAGGAGAAGAUACUACCAACGGGCAGCUAGAGGAACCACCCUGCUCGGCCUGAAGUGUCUGCCAAGUACCCAUGUGUCCAUCCCACCUUUUAGUAACCCCUCUGUCUGCCAAGGCUUCUGCCAUCCAGAUCCACACUGUUGGGGAAGUUGUCCGGGCCACUCUGUCAGGCUAAUGGUAGUGACCAUCACAUCACAACUACAUGCUCCUCCGGCUCCAGUGUACCACAACGUUCCUCUCUCCUUCCCUUUCUCUCCUCUCUCUGUUUGCUGUAUAUUGAGCUGAUUUCUGCUCUUUGGCUCUCCUCUCUCCCAUCGACCAUUCUCUUCUCACUCUUUCAUUCUCUGUUUAGGAAGCAGGUAGGCAGCGUUGGGCCUGAGUUCUGACUCAUCCAGGCUUGGGCGGUGCAGUGUAGUGUGCGGAGGCGUGUGCCUAUCUGUCCUGAAUGUGUGAAUAGCUUUCUGCUGCUUGGCCGCUUUCUUUAGCUCUUAAUGGGGAGCCGGAGACAGCCCAGAGACAUGGCAACCAAGAUUAAACGUGAAAUGAUGACUACACCCACUCUGCCCAGACUAUUCUGAUAAACCCGUCCAGCCUCACAACCAACCUUCAGUGUUGACACUGGCGCUUUUCAAUAAUUGCGCGUCCCUCCCCUCCUCCCAUAUCCAUUCCAGAAGAACUCUGUUCCUAAAUCACAACUGUAGUUGCGGAGUACUACUACUACACUAGAUACACAAAAUAUACUUUGGAAAGGAUGCUUAGGAGGGUGAGGAGGAGAAUUAGCAAGCGAGAGGCAGCUAAAUUGGCCAGACUUCAUCAGUUCGAGACCUUUGUCUCUCCCACACAUAAGAACAUGCACACAUAUCAAUCAAAUCAAGACUUUAAUGCUCCCAACAUGCUGUAUGUCCACUUGGACCUAGUAGGGUCAAAUAAUGAAUGUAUUUUUGUUCCAGCCUAUUUCCCAUACCUUCCCACUCUACUCCCAGGCCAGACCCACGAACCCUUGUUAACCAUGUGAACCCUCUCUAGCCCUUUAAUUCUGUACAGUAAGAUCAUUUCAUGCCUUGUUACUUAGUUUUGAUCUUAUUGAAUAAUAAUAAUAAUAAUAAUACACCAUCACUAUCCAUAGUGCAUGUCCAGUAAGACAAGCUUACUCCAAGCUCUUCUGCCUUGUCUUUGUGCUGCUCUGUGGGCUCGCCACGCUAGUGCCAGUGCUUUUUGCAUCACAGGUUAACUAUUGGGUAUUGUUUUUAAAACAUGUAAUAAUAAUGUAUUUGACUGAAUGAAUGAACCCAGGAGGUUUUGGAUUGUUGCUUUAGCUCUUGUUUUGGGGGUUUGCUGUGGAGCCAUUGUGCUCUGUGUGCUGGAGGGAAGCAGAAACAUUAGGGCCCAUUCACAAAUCGACCCCUAGGCACUUGUGGGGAUCUGAGGGAUUGGAUUGGUAUAAACAAUGUGAUGAAAUGUCCACCUAGCCUAUCAGAGGGCAAGGUGGAGCUAUUACCAUAUUGCUUACACCUGUCAAAUCCAGUCAGAUCUCCACAAGUGCAUAGGGUGUAGGGUAUAGGGGUCGAUUUUGGGAUUGGGCCUAGUAGUGUUGUGUGCUUGUUGAGCCUUCUGUCACUUUCUAAGUCAACUUGGGUGAGAGCACCAAGCAGUAUGACCACACCGGAUCAGACCGGUUUGAUUUCAUCAACGAACUGCAUAUAGUUGUCACAUGCAAACAGUUGUGACUGGCACUUAAGUUAAACGUUAGACAACCAGCUAUCUCUCACCACUGACCUAACACACCUUGAUAUAAAGGAAAGAUAUUAGUCUUUCUAUUACUCUUUAUAAAAUAUCUACCAGGGUACUCUUGUUAGCUAACCAGCACAACUUUUGGAUCUGAGAUUACUACCAGGCCAAUACAGUAGCUCUCUACCUGUCCUAUAGCCUAACAGUGGCAGAAGGCUUCAGGACCCCCUGUGUGCUUCCUAGCUGGUCCUCAGCCUCAGAUCAUGAUGGCGACCUAUAGCAUGCUGGCACUCAGGCUGUCCAGCAGGGAUGUGGGUUUGUACAGUACCUUGUUAUUUACUACUGAAUCCUUGAAUUCUGUAAAGGAAAAUAAGAAAAACGAUUGCAUGGAUACCUUGUUACUGUAAUUAAUAACCUAUACAGUAUAUUAGAUUAGAUAUUUUGAUAACUUACAUGGCAUCAAUGAAACCUACUUACUUACCAACAGCAAGAGAACCAACCAUUACAUUUUUUCUUUGAGCACAUCUUGGCAUCUAAGGAUCUACAUUUUUUUUGUAGACUAGAAAAAGGUUGUUUAUUCAUCGUUACUGUUUGUUUUUACGGUUGCUGGGGUUUUGUGUCUUACUUUAGGGAAAGAAAUUACGAUGUGUAAAAUAAACAAGAAUCAUGGUUAUGAUGAGAAAAAUGAUGAAGGUAAUAUGGUUAGAGAAUUCUAAAUGAAUUGUGUCUGGUUUAGGCGAUGAACAGUGAUGAAUCCUGGGUAAUGAAGGUUUAUGUGUGUACAUUGAAAGGCUUGGUGUGACUGCAGGCUCCAGAGACCCCAUGUUAGCCAUUUGUGUCAAACCGUUAUGAAGGUGGUCCUCUUAUAACCAUGGUACGCUUGGAUAGCCUGAUCCCAGAUCUGUUUGUGCCGUCUUGCCAAGUUGCCAAUUGACAACGGCCAUAGGAGUUGGCAAACCGCAGAAACAGAUCUGGGACUAUCAGGCUAACGUUUGGCAUCGUGUGCUGUAAUAACAUAAGCAUCCAUGGAUGCAUUAUCAGUGAGGUAGUCACCAAUCUAGAGUUGGCUCUGCUCCCGUUGGACCAUUCUCCCUGUCGACCAAUAGUAAACAUUCACCGGUUGCUGGAGCCUGAAUCUCACCACUCAGAAAUAAAGGAUUCUCUGUAUUGCCUUGUUAAUAUUAAUUGUGGACACAAUUUUAUAUUUGACAAAGACAUGGAAAUAAAUAUUAUUUAUCUUGUUAUUUA